AGAGAAUCCAUGCUGUGAGUAAGGUGUGUGCCUAGUAGUGCCUGGGAGCAAGGUGUGUGCAUCGUAGUAUCUGUGCGUCUGGUCCAGAAAUGGAAUCCGUUCUACAGGAGCUUCAGAAAGACUUGGAAGAGGUGAAACAGCUGCUUGAGAAAGCCACAAGGAAACGUGUGCGGGAUGUGUUAUUUGUUGAGCAGCGUAAGCUGGAGACAGAAAUAUCUACCAAACAGCAGCAACAAGCAGGGGAAUCUAUGGAAACCCAAAAACCAUCAGCAAUUGUUCCUCCAAUGACAAGCACGUACACAGUCAAAAUAAACAACUAUGGGUGGGAUCAAUCUGAAAAGUUUGUUAAAAUCUAUAUUACUCUAAAUGGAGUGCAGAAUAUUCCUGCUGCUAAUGUGCAAGUUCAUUUCUCAGAAAGGUCAUUUGAAUUGUUAGUGAAGGAUCUUGAUGGAAAAAAUCACACCAUGACUGUGAACAAUUUACUAAAGCCAAUUUCUCCAGAGGGUAGCACAAAGAAAGUGAAGACAGACACAGUGCUGAUAAUGUGCAGAAAGAAAUCUGAGAAUAAAUGGGAAUUCCUAACACAAGUCGAGAAACAAACAAAGGAAAGAGAGAAACCAGCACUAGACACAGAUGGAGACCCAAGUGCAGGAUUAAUGAAUGUCUUAAAGAAGAUAUAUGAUGAUGGAGAUGAUGACAUGAAGAGAACACUUAAUAAAGCUUGGGUAGAAUCACGAGAAAAACAAAUGAAAGGCGAUCCUGAAUUCUGAACAUAGACUUCUCAGUGCUUACGCCUUAAAUGAUGCCUACGUCCAGGAACAGUCCUCGUUUUAAUGCCUGGAGAAAUUAUCUCUUCUUACAAGUCUAUUGUUUACAAUUCGCUUUCCUGACAUGGAAUUCGCUGCUGUUGCAUUUCAUGCCAAUUAAGAUUAGAAACUGCAUGGUUCAUAUGCCUGAAACAUUCAUUUGUAUACCUCUAUCUUCCUUUCCUAGUAAAAGUUUUGAAUGUCUGUCCUUCUGUCUUUAACACUUAACAGGCAUAUGCGUAGGGAAUAUGUAUACAUCUCUCAUAAGAGGCUGCUUACAGCUACAGGUGUAUUUAUGCACCAGGGACGCCGCUCACUUUGCAUGAACUUAUAUGCAGAGUAAAUUUGGCCUCAGCCUGCUGUCAUUGAAAGGUUAAAUGUGAAAAUCUGUUAAAAUAUCAGGUUACAAAUUGUUUAUUAAAGAGACCCAUUU